AUGCCUUCUCGCCGCCACCGCCGCCCCCCGCCCAGCCUGCUAGCCACUCUCGAUACCCUAACCACAACCCCACCCCCAGCCCCGCUCCCGGCAACACAAUUCAUAGCGCGCGUCCUCGAAAACACCGGCAAGCACCUGUACCGUGUGGAGUCCCCGAAUGGGCAGGAGCUCCUCGUGGAGUUGCCAAAGACGUACCGCAGCGUGGUGUGGGUUCGUAGGAACCGGUUCGUCCUGGUUGAUACGGAGGGGUUUGAUGGCGGGGAAGGGGGGAAGGUUGGGGGGAAGGUUAAGGUUGUGGUUAGGGGGGAGAAGGGGUGGAUGGGGAUGGGGUAUUGGCCAAAGCAUUUUACUACCGGGUACGAAGGCGAGGACGAGAUGUCUGAGGGGCAGGAGGAAUCAGCCGCUGGGAAGAUGCCGCCGGGUUCAGAUGAUGAGGAGUCAAAGUGAUAAAUACCUAUGAUACAGGCUGAUUUCUUUCCUCCCCUUUCUUCUUGUCGGUUUUCAAAAGUUUGUUUAUUUGAUCAUUCCCAUAUACGAUACAGUACAAUUCCAUCUAAUAAGUUUCAGUACAA